AUGGAGAAGCCGUUAAUUGUGGACGCCGGAAUCUGUCUUGUGCUACUCACCAGCUUUUUAUUCGCAUCUCCCAGUCCGCCCAUCAUUUGCAACCCGAACUCGCGUACCAUGCUAGAGCGGCAGUCUGAUCCCCCUGCGACCUAUAGAGGACAAGCCUCGGUUGAACUGUUUGACGAGAGGAAUCGUUUCAGAGGUGAAGAGAACGCUGUUCGGCUGCUUGCGGUCAUGCCGAGUGAAGGCUACGGAUUCAGCAAGCCACCGAGCAGGGCGACGCAGAGCACGGAAUACGAUUCUGAAGAGGUGUUAUGUAGUGUAUUAUGGUUCUCGUCGACGCUGUGCCUCAAGUGCAACCUCCCGGUUCGCUCCCCAGAAGGAGACGUCGAUCUACAUCGCUUGAGUUCGGGGGCAGAGAGUGACGAGGAUGUCAUUGAGGUAAAUAAUGAACGGGUCGCUGAACGGAUGGGCGCAUUUUAA